CGAAGGCAUCGAGAUCUAUACAUACAUAUAACUACGUCUAUAUCCCCUGCGGGGUAGACGGCCCUAACAAUCUUGAAACACCACGUUCAACAUGGCUUAAUGAUGAAAUUGACAUUCAAAUAGUGACAGGUAAUUCCAGCACAGGACAAUAUGAAGAUCAUUCUGGCUUUGUUUAUUCUGAACUUGAUGAAACAGACUGACAGCCGGGAAAGUGGAAACCUGAAUUACAAUCCAGCAGAAUUACUAUCAAAAAUCUUUAAACUGAAUGAAACUAUAACACCUCGACAAAUAAAUAAUGGGUUUAUCAAAUUCGAAGAUAACUAUGAACCUCCAAUCGAUGCAGGCAACGGCCCAUCUCAGGCUAUUACUUUCGACGAAAGACCAAAUACAUUUAAAUUUGAAGAUGAUUUUGAAACUAACAAUGCUGAUAAUAUAUUCGAUAUUGAACCAUCAAUUAAUCCAGGUUUUUCCUUCCAAGAUCACAAUAAAAUAGAACCGCCUAACUUACCAAAGAAGAAGCGGAAAAGGAAACCUAAAUAUCAAAACAAUGGUUAUGCAGCAGCACCUAAUCAAAUAUUUCCAGAUCAAAAUCCUGUUUACCCUCAAAAACAUCUGGGUAAUGAUAAAUAUCAGCCUAUUACUUUCGAUGGACAAUCUGGGCCCAAUUCAUUUAAAUUCGAAGAUGGUCCGGAUGUAAACCAUGGUGAUAAUGAUCCUUAUCUUCAAAAACCUAACAGUCAAAAUAAUCCUCAAGAUGGCAAUCAACAAGAUAAACCACAACCUCCUAAAAAGAAGCGUAGAAGACGCAGAAGGAAACCCAGAUACCAGACUUUUGGAGGUAUACCUAAUCACAAUCAGGGAUUUCCUUAUCAGUAUCCAAAUGUGCCUCAGAAUUUACAAGGAAGUGCACCUCAGGGAUAUCCUAUUUACUCAGGGCAAGCUCAGGGAUAUCCGGGUCAGUUUCCUGGUAAUCAAGGAUUUGGAGGUCAAUAUCCUUAUCCUUACCCUGCAAGCCCUACUGGACAGUAUAAUCGACCACCAAGGCGUCCAAAACAGUCUAUAGCAUCGGAAGCCCUAUCGGCCGUUACCGGAGCCCUAACUUCGAUCGCGCUGUACGACGACUACCAGUGUGUACCCCGGCUACUAUGCGAGGCUGCCGGCGGCGGAGCCCUGGGCUCUUCCAGCGUGUUGCAGAAUGUCGCCGGACUGCAACCGUUAUUGACGUUAUUGGCAGCAUAUAACGGUAUCAGCAGUUCACCAUUGUUUCUAUUCGGCCGAGCAGUCUUCCUCGGCAUGACGGCCAAGGGAAACCUUGGAACCUGCCGAUACGCGUACCCUCAAUGUCCAACAGAUCCAGAACAAUUGGUGCAUUAUCUUAACAACCACAACGGAGGUUUCUUCAGAUUCUUCAGCGCUCCACAAUUAAAUAACCAAUUUGGUCAUCAGAAUGUCGAACAAUUCUAUAAUCAGCUGUCGCAAAAUUAUGGAUUGUAUCAGGAUCCCGCUCAAUUGGGAAACCAGCAAAAUUAUGGAAUUUAUCAGCCAAGUCAACUAAGUAAUGGAAUAAACAACAUAAAUAAUUUGAAUAACAAUAUAAAUCAACAAAGUCCACUGAAUCAAAUAAAUUACCCGAAUUACCAAGCUAACCAACAGGGGUAUGGAUUUGCAAGUACUAAUCUUUAUGACAAUAGACCUCAGACUUACGGACUUCAAAACUAUGGACCAAAUUAUGCUUAUCAAGGAAAUUAUGGAUUCAAUAGAUUUAAAAGUAAUGACAAAGAAGUGAAACAGAAUAAAAUUGAAAAACGUAUAAUAAACGGAGAAAUAAAUUAUGCGAUUAGUACACUUAACGAUAAUGAUUCUCCUAAAUGGUUAUCCACAAAAUUUACUAACAAUGUUUAUAAUUUUAAUAAUAAUAGAGGUGGCCGAGAACUAAGAUUUCCCGAUGAGGUAACCAAUCUAUAUUAUACAUUUGGAGAUACUUCUGAUGACAUAAGAAAAGGAAAAGGUUUUUCAUUCCCAGACCAAAAUAAUAUUAAAAAUGUUAACACAGCUCCCGCUACAACACCGUCAUAUAAUAAAUAUGGAUUGUAUCAAAAUAAAUACCGUAUCCAAAAUCAUGUGCCAAGUAAUCAUUAUAAAAAUGACAAUAACUAUGUUGAUCAGCAAAAUAAUAAUGACCAAAAUAGCAACGCUGAAGGAAUACAAACAGUUUAUAUUGUAAGAGGGAAUGGUGAUCCCAAUCAUCCAGAAAUUGUUAAAUUGAAACCAGGAGAGAAAUUACAAUGAUAAAGAUUUUCUUGUUCUCUUUUGAGUUUUUGCAAGAAAAUAUGU